AUGGAAGGCCAACAAGGAGGGUCGCAGUACUAUGACUUCAACACUAGCAGUAGCAAUGCAGGAGGCAGUGGGUACGUUGGCCCGGCUCCUCCCCCGACAGCACAAGAUGACGAUGAGUUCGCUGACUGCAUUGAUCAUCAGUACAACCAGCGGUAUGGACCGGCACCGAAUCCAGUGAGUGUAUUCUUUGAGGACGUUCAUGCGCAGCGACAAGCGGAGCGGAAGCUGCAGUGCAAUGUACCUGGUCGUGGACGGGGAACGCCACUGUGGAUGAUCAAACAAAAACAAGAAGAGGAUAAGCAUAGGAGAGAGGCUCAGGAGGCUAGUCGCCAGAUGAAGGAGUUGGAACAGAAGCUCAUGGGCGGCUCUGCUAGCGACGAUAAGACAGGCCGUCACAGAGAAGGGGGACUGGCCUCGGAGAGCACGGAAGGCAAUAUCGAGGCGCAACGAGAACAGCAGAGUCGGUGGUUGCUGGACCAAGAGGGGUGGGUGCCGCACGAGUCAGACUCGUCGGGUAACUGGUUUUACCACGGAGUGACGGGGACGAUGCUCCAGCGGGUUAAUCAGAAGUUAUACUUGCCGCAACACGAUGGGAGUUUUCGAGAACUGUCACGUGAGGAGUGGCUGUCAAUGGCGAUGGCCAGGCACGACCCGUUCCAGGAGCUGAGACUAGCCGCUGAUGCCACCAUGAUGCAGGGAAGGCGGGCGAAGAUGGAGGAUAAGCAUGCCUUGUUGAAGGACUUGAAAGAUAUCGGGCGGAGGCUCGGGUACAGUCUUGACCAUCUGCCCAGCCCCACUGGAAUGUAUAUGGUGUAUGAUGGGCACCAGGGGGUCACUUGUGCGGACUACUGUAUUAAGCAAACACAUAACAAGUUCAUGCGCAAGGUUUUCGAGGACUCUUUCAAAGAGUUGGACGAGGAGUUUCUUGCGAAAUACAGGACCAUCCCCGAUGGGAGCACAGCAGUGAUCGCCCUGGUUAUUGGAAUAGACUUGUACGUCGCUAAUAUCGGCGAUUCAGCAUGCUUCCUGGUGCAACGCAUUCCAGUGCAAACUUCUGCGGGAAAUGAUCACCAUCAUCAGCAGCAGCAGCAAGGGCGGCAUCCAAACUAUAAAUUGGAAGUGAAGUCGUGUCACACUAACCACAAACCGGAAGAUCAAGCCGAGAAGGAGCGCAUAGUCAAAAAUGGCGGAGCGAUGGUGACACCAGCUGGUGGCGUGGUGAGGGUAGCCGCGGCAGACUACGAAGAUAAAAUGAAAGCAUACAAGAAGGCUACCAAUGCCGGUCUAGGAGCGAUGGAGAAGCCACCGAUUGCCUUGGCGGUAUCGCGUGCAUUUGGUGACCGAGAGUUCAAGACGCCUAACAAGCUCGUGGUGUCGGAGCCCAGCGUCAACCAUUACACACUGAGCCCAGAAACUGAUAUUGCGCUUGUUCUCGUAUGCGACGGCGUUACAGAUGUGAUGACACCAGCGAUGAUUGGCGCCAAGAUACUGCAGUACAAUCGGAAACCUAAGGCGGCGUCAGGAGGACUCAUUCAAGAGGCAUACCAACGAGGUUCUCAAGAUAAUUUGACUGCUAUUACCGUUUUCUUGAAUUGGCCGCGACCACCGACUUUUGGGGAUCUGGAUCUUCUCGCUGAGCAGCAAGCGAAGGCGCUUGAGGAUCCGAGCUCGCCCAAGGCGGCCAAGCGGCAGCGAACAGGCCCUGCGAGAGAAGUGAAGAAGAUACGUUGCAAACAUAUUUUGAUGAAGCACAAGGAUGUUAGGAAUCCGCGUGAUCGUGUCCGGAAUAAGCAGGUUACAAGAACAAAGACGGAGGCCGAGAACACUAUGAUGUCCAUCCUUGCUGAUCUCAAGAAGGACUCAAGCAAGUUCCCAGAACUCUGCAAGAAGCAUUCCGAGUGUUUGUCGAGUCGGAAGGCCGGGAAUCUUUGUGGCGACUUGGACUGGUUCGGUCACGGCAAGAUGAUGGCUGAGUUCGAGGAGGCAGCCUUCGCGUUAGACGUCGGAGAAAUGAGUGAUCUAGUCUACUCUCCCUCGGGAAUCCACAUAAUCGUCCGAAUCGCAUGACGCUCCGCGCUGCCCAAGUUGUCCCCGGUAUCACCGUGGCUGUAUUAGUUUGACGUUAUCAAGAAA